CCCCAGAGAUUUUAAUUUCAUAGAGGCUACAUUAAUCUCUGUGAAAUCAAAAUGGGGACGAAGAGCAACUUCAAUUCUAUAUCCCAAUCUCGAAAAGAAAAUACAAAUAACAAAAAGAACAACAAUAACACAAAUGUUGUGUUGAAUGUUUAUGAUCUCACCCCUCUCAAUAAUUACUUAUAUUGGUUGGGAUUUGGAAUCUAUCACUCUGGCAUUCAAGUACAUGGUAAGGAGUAUGGAUUUGGAGCUCAUGACUUCUCAUCAAGUGGAGUAUUUGAAGUGGAGCCAAGGAAGUGCCCUGGUUUUAUGUACAGAACUUCUGUCCCUUUGGGCCAAGUAAACAUGCAACCUUCCGAGUUUCGGACAUUUAUCGAAAACAUGGCUAGUGAGUAUCAUGGAGAUACGUAUCACCUUAUAUCCAAGAACUGCAAUCAUUUCACAGAUGAUAUCUCAGGUAGAUUGACCGGAAAACGCCUCCCUGGUUGGGUUAAUCGUCUCGCUAGGCUAGGUUCCUUAUGUAGCUGUCUACUUCCUGAUAGUAUUCAAGUAACUACGGUUAAACAGCUACCUGAAUACCAUUCUGAAGAUGAAGUUACUGAUUCUCUACCAACUGCGACGCCCGGUGAGUCGAUGGAUUUAGAUGAUGAACAAGCAAAAUUCCUUCCGUCACCUCUUGCUACCACAGAAGAUGUUUCUUUUGUUAAAGAGACUCAAGUGAAAUGAUUGAGCCUUUUAUGGGAGAAAACAUUUAGAGACAGAAGAGACUUGUUUCUCUUCUUGAUUUGAAGUAACUGUUCUUGCCCAGAAUUUCUCGGUUUUCUGCGUUGGUCUUUGUAUUUUGUUUCUGUGUAUUACUUAUUGUACAUGGGGCUUGUAGUUUAUUUGGUGAU